GCCGUAUACACCAGCGUGAUGAGGAUGCCUCGCAUUCCGCGCAUGCCCUUGCUCACGCUCGGACUCCUCCCACGUCCGCCGUUGUGUCAAGUCGGUCAUUGGACCUGCCGGCGUGGCUCGCUCGACAAGGGCGGCAGACAGCGGAAGCCCGCCGCCGCUGGCCUCCGCCCGCCGGCCAAAAAGUGAGCGCGGUGGACAGCCGACGCCGCCGACGCUUUCGGAGCCUUCGCCGGUGCCGAGGAAAGAAGGUCGCCGUGAACCGGUUUAUCGCAGGCACGACCGGUCUCGUUCCUUGACGGCGGUCACACACGAGGCGCUCGCCGCCGUCGCUGCCCACCGUGCACUCGCCCACCGAAGCCGAAGAACUUUUCGAAGACACGCGCCUAACUUUCUCCCGAGAGAGCAGCUGUUUGGCGCGAAGGGAAGCGAAGCCGAGUUCCUGCGGACCGUCGGGUGUGCGCCUGCGUGUGUGAAAGGAAAAAUCAUAUCGAGCAAACAUGAAGAAUUUAGGCACCGCGUCCGCCAGCAGCUGCAUUUGUGAAGCGUCCAACGACCGGCCUACUUGUAGAAGACGGAAAGUGAGAUGAACGGCUACCGUGGCAGACCAAGAGCUCAUUCACGAUAUCAUCUGUGGGAUGUGGCUAAUUGCGUGAUACAGCAUGGAGCGUGUUUUGCAGUGAAUCAUCGGAUUUGUGCUAGUUACGACGCUUUCGCCGACGACACCGACGCCUUAUCGCCGUUUUCACAGGAUACGCAAAUGAGCGGUGUUCAAUCCAAUCGCUCGAGUUGCAUGUCUACGCUUGCAAGCGUGGGAUCGAAGGAAGUGCAACCGAGCGCCAACAGUUUAUGUUUACGAGUGUGAUAGACAGUGUGAUGGCGCGAUUCGUCAGGUGCACCUGCGAUAGGAACUCGCCGCGACACUCCUGAACGACUAGUCUUGGAAACGUGUUCAGCGCACCACCAAAGAUGCAGUCGAUAGCGGCUCGCCUGGUUGUCUACUCCCUCUUUGUGCUGGGCGUGUUUGUGAUAAUCUGGUGCAAUCUCUCGGGCGUUCCGCCCCCGAAGUACAGACACCAAACGUCGAACUUGUCGCCGCUGUCCACGAUCGCGCCUCUUGUCGCACCGGUGGAAACCACCACCGACGCGGCCUCGGCGGCUUGCGAGGCCUCACGGACUUCCGCUCCACACGGGAAGGUGGACGUAGUGUUCGUGGCCAAGUGGGCGUAUCGAAACAUGAAAGUGACGAGAACCAUGAGCCACUGCCUGAAGAGCAUGCUGGCUCGCACGAAGAGUUCGGUUCGCUUCCACGUGCUGGCCGACCCUCAAAGUUACAUGAGACUCAGCCGCACGCUUGGCAGUGUCCAAAAUGAAUCGAAGAGAAAGUUUCAGUUCUUCCUGUACAACGUAACUGCCGUGGAAGCGAGCAACAGGGAUGUGAUCGAGCUCAUGCGACUGCUCUUUUUCACCAAAGAUGUCGGCCGGUACAACGACGACAUGUUCUUCAUCACCGAGAUCUUUCACCGAGUGUUCGACCUGGAGCGCAUUCUGUUCAUCGACCUCGACCUCAAGUUCGAAGAGGACGUCGCGAAGCUGUACGGGCACUUCGACUGCUUCGACAACGAGACACUGAUCGGCAUUGGCCACGACUUGCAGCCGCAGUAUCGCGUCGACUUUCAGUCGUACAUCGACGCGCAUCCCGGUACCGACGUGGGCAUGCCGAGGCCCGGUAAGCAGGGGUUCAACACGGGCGUCAUGCUCAUGGACCUGGCCGCGAUGCGCUCGUCCAAGCUUUACAAUGAGCUGCUCACCUACGAAAAGCUGGCACCAAUCUGCGUGAAGUACGGCUUCAAUGGGUCGCUGGGACACCAGGACUUCUUCACGCUCAUUGGGAUGGAGUACCCGGAGUUGUUCUUCGUGCUGGAUUGCACGUGGAACCGGCAGCUGGACACCGGUUGGGCCCACACCGUGAACGAGACGGUGUUCGACGCCUACCACAGGUGUCCCGGAAAGGUGCGCAUCUAUCACGCCAAUGGAGGUGCCAGGAUGCCCAUUCCGGGCACUGAAGGCUGGUCGGAGAAAAAAAUCUCCAGGAGAAAGAAAAUCCCUUUGCACCUGUACCCAAGUUUCCCAAGCUACACAACUCCAGAGAGCCGCGAGUAAAUACAGGGCUUAUGUGUGCUUUGUGUGACACAACUUUCCAGUGCUGCAGUGUCACAGGAUAGCAACCCACCUAGCAGGGGCUAGUCUAAACACAAACGUCUUUCUAUGGCGUUGCCUUCGUGUAACCGCAAGGUUUUGAGCGAACGCAGAGUGACGCCUGUUCCUAUUGAGAGUAUGAAGGACGCUGAGCAGGACCUGAAAAAAAAAGUGUCAAGAGCGCUCCCUGCCAACAACUGACUUGCUUUACGCAAGUGCUCUAUUCAUAUUUUAUUCACAGCACUGCGUAUGCACAUGCUAAUAAAUCUAUAUAUUAAUGGUGCCUCUGGGACCAUUGAAAAAAAGAAAAGGGCACGUUACUGAGUCCUGUAUCAAGGAGGCUACCUGUAGUUGAUUGUGAGAUGUUAUCGAAACAAUCUGCGUGUGUGAUUUUAGAACUCCGCUGUGCGCAUUUAGAAGCAUCACGGACAUUUCAAACAGUGUAUUGUACAGUCGUUACGAUGAAUUUUUCAUUGCACGUCAAGCCGAGCCACUGCGACGUUCUUUUUAACGUUGUAGGCUUUUGGAAAGUAGCGUACAAAUAUUGAGCGAAGAUCUUCAUGGAUACUGCAAAUGUAAGUCUGUGUUCAUGCAGGACAAAAAAUAUCUGUGUAGCUGUACUGCUCUGGGCAUUAAAGGAGAACUAGACACAAUGAGCCACGUGCACGUGCUAUAAGGGUUGAAGAAAAAAAAAAAACUAGGCAUAACAGGUCGAACAUUUAGAUGGAUCGCAGUGUUAUUUAAGGGACAGGAAAUUAUUAAUAAAAACGGUUGAUGGUUAAAACAAGGAGCAACAAAUGAGCCAAGGUGUUCCACAAGAAAGUGCACUCAGUCCAUUUCUUUUUAAUUGUGUAAUGGCUGAAUUGCCCGAUAUCUUGGCUACUUCUUUGCAUUAUUCUGUUUACGCAGACGACUUGUGCAUAAGGGCAUCUGGUCUCAGUGCUCAAAUCAUUCAGCCGGACAUACUAGAGGGCGUAAACAUUGUUAACGAGUUCUUAAAAAGCAGAGGCAGGAGAUUAUCAAAUGAAAAAAAAAUCUGCUGAUAUUCCUUUUACCAAAACAUACGUGAAAGAGUUUCGGUUAGAGCUAGACUCUAAGUGAUUGGAGCUUGUACGACAGCCUAAGCUUCUGGCCGCUGUUCUUGGCAGGUGGCUGUUAUGGGUUCCGCACGUAUAAGCACUAGAACAGAAAGGGAAGUCUUUCAUUAAAGUUGUUCGUCGUUUUUGCAGGGAUUGGGUGGGGCGUUACAACAUAAGCCUUAUUUCGCGUUUACGUCGCAGUUAUGAGACAAAAGGAUAGCAUAUUGUGCUCCUUUGUUUCUUGGGUGAUUUCACACCCUGGAAGAUAUUCUUCAACGUCUGCUCACAAGAAACCCACAAAAACUGGGAGUAACUCGGGCAUCUGCCGGCGCGGUGGCUAUUGCCGAGUUUCCCCAGCCGCUUUUAAAGAGGCUGAGAGACGUAUAAAGAAGUCUCCACUAUUUUCGUUUGGCAAAUGAACAUGCCAAUCAUCAUCUUUGUCAAAUCAUUCAAGUUGGAAACGGUGCCCGCUUGAAUGCUAUAAUCGUACAGUGCCGAAACGUUCUGCCUGUUCAUGAGUACUGGCCAACAAACGUUUUGCAUUCCUCCACGCUUACUCCCAUUUCCGAAAAUCGUCACUUCCAUUCAAGGUCUAACUCGCAAGUGGGACAUACCCGUGAUUGCAGUCAAACAGUUUACCUCAACACGUCGCUGCUACAUACAGGGACCAUAUUCAAGUCUGCGCAGACGGAUCUUGUAAGAAUUGGAGCUCUAUAUUGGCGUUCUCUAUAACGGCAUACCACGAGCGAAGAACGUUUAGUCAGUGUCACUUUCCAGCUACAACGGUAGAGUUCUACGCCAUAUUUCCCGCAUUAUAAUUCAUUUUUUCACACUCGGGAUCUUCUCGAUGGGUAACUCUGAGCUAUUCGCAAGCUUCACUGCUGUGUACAGAGGAAAUCAUCAUAGCGAAUGUAAACAGUACAAUAAUAUACGAAAUACAAAAGGACUACGCUGCAAAUGAGGGUUUUCUCCCGGAUAUUAUAUUCCAGUGGAUACUAAGCCAUUGCGAAAUUACAGCGAACGUCACUGCAAAUGACACUGCGCGUAAAGCUCAACAAAACGCAGCGCUAUCGCUACUACGCCUAGCGGCGAGUGAUGUGUAUUGUCCUUUAAGCGAGAUUCGUGGUCAAAUUUCCACAAAGACUUGGCUCAUGUAUAGUGCGGAAAGCUCUAGAUUAUAUGCGACAGAACCUAACAUGCAAUUCGCAACAUCUGAUGAAACCCAUGAACCCCAUGAAAACCAGCUGCUCAAUAGAAACAGCAAUUCAUAGACUUCGGGUUUGCGCGGCCUAUACUUGACGUAUCUUGUAAGAGAUACAAAAAAGCCAGUGUGGAGGCUGAAUAAAACAAGACCAUCUGCUGUUACACUGCAAAAAUUAUGAUACCGUAAGAGGCGUUUUGCUUUUUUGCUAAGACAUCUGCUCUGAGUAGGAGCCCACUAUCACUGGAUAAAAUCCUUGGUGCAUGAACAUCAGAACACUUGCAACACAAUGCAGCACGCUCAUUAGUAUAAUUUCUUGAAGAAUUGGGAAUAUCUAAAACUUACCAAAUUUUAUAACUAACUUUGGUCACCACGCUGUAUUUGUCGAAGUAAUUCAUUUCUUUUACAGUUUUCAUGUAUACGUGUUUCUCGUAUUCACUCACAAUAUCGUGUUCCUGUGGUUCUCUUAUGUGUUUGUGUAUGCACUGUGUUUUCCACCAGCAGGGGCCGUCGUGUGUUCGUCAACAUGGGCAGUGGAAUGCUUGUGAACUGCUGAGAAACAGUUAUGUAUUUGUGAACUUUAGAGCUGUUGUCACUAUACUCCUUCCUCAAUUUUUUUUUGUUUGACGCUUUUUUCGCGCUCAUCUAUGGAUUAAGCGCAAUAAAGCAGCCGCCACCGUCUGACCGGCACCAACAUCUC